CCCCCAAAUAUAAAAGCACAGGAGAAAGGCCACCGUAGCGCGUUUCGUUUCGUUUCGUUUUUUCCCUUUCUUGAAGCCAAAGCUCUUCUCUAUCGUCUUCUUCCCUUUCUUCUCGAUCCUUCUAACACCAUGAUUACAGUGAGCGUAAAAUGGCAAAAGAAGGUUUUGGAAGAUGUAGAAAUUGAUACUACCCAGCCCCCUUAUGUUUUUAAGUGCCAAUUGUUUGAUCUAACGGGGGUACCUCCUGAAAGGCAAAAGAUUAUGGUCAAGGGUGGUCUUUUAAAGGAUGAUGCUGAGUGGUCAUCAUUAGGAGUGAAAGAGGGUCAAAAGCUAAUGAUGAUGGGAACAGCAGAUGAAAUUGUGAAGUCUCCAGAGAAAGGAACUGUUUUUGUUGAAGAUCUUCCUGAAGAAGAACAAGUAGUUGCUGUUGGACACACUGCUGGUCUUUUCAAUUUGGGAAAUACCUGUUAUAUGAACUCAACAUUGCAAUGCCUCCAUUCUGUGCCAGAGUUGAAAUCAGCUUUGAUUAAGUACUCUCAUUCAGGACGGAACAAUGAUGUCGAUCAUUCUUCUCAUAUGUUGACCAUUGCAACCCGUGACUUAUUCAAUGAGCUUGAUAAAAGUGUCAAGCCUGUGGCGCCAAUGCAAUUUUGGAUGGUAUUGCGGAAAAAGUAUCCUCAAUUUGGCCAGCUGCAUAAUGGAGUAUUCAUGCAACAGGAUGCUGAAGAAUGUUGGACACAACUUCUAUACACUCUUUCUCAGUCUCUGAGGUCCACUGGAUCUAGUGAAAAUUCCGAUGCAGUGAAGGCCCUUUUUGGGAUAGAACUUAUUAGCAGAACUCAUUGCCAAGAGAGUAACGAAGAAAGUUCAGAAACAGAAUCUGUUUAUGCACUUAAAUGCCACAUAUCACAGGAGGUGAAUCAUUUGCAUGAAGGACUGAAACAGGGAUUAAAAUCAGAGUUGGAGAAGGCUUCCCCUGCUUUGGGCCGUAGUGCUACCUACUUGAAGGAAUCACGCAUCAAUGCCCUGCCAAGGUACUUGACUGUUCAGUUUGUCCGGUUUUUUUGGAAGAGGGAAUCCAACCAAAAGGCUAAGAUUUUGCGGAAAGUGGAUUAUCCUCUGGAGUUGGAUGUUUAUGAUCUUUGUUCUGAUGAUCUUCGUAAAAAAUUGGAAGCUCCUAGACAGAUCUUAAGAAAUGAGGAAGGCAAAAAGCUUGGUCUGAAAGUGAGUGAGAAGAGCUCUGUUCACAAGGAAAAUGAUGUAAAAAUGUCUGAUGCUGAGGGAUCAUCAAAUGGAGGAGGGGAGCCAUCUGUAGCUCCAAUGGAGGAAGGUGAAAAAGAAGAACAGAUGACUGGAAUUUAUGAUUUGGUUGCUGUAUUGACCCACAAGGGUAGAAGUGCUGAUUCAGGACAUUAUGUUGGUUGGGUCAAGCAAGAAAAUGGGAAAUGGAUAGAGUAUGAUGACGACAAUCCCAAACCAAAAAUAGGAGAAGACAUCACCAGACUAUCUGGAGGAGGUGAUUGGCAUAUGGCGUAUAUUAUCAUGUACAAGGCGCGUGUUCUUUCUGCUUAAUUGCUACAAAGAGCUCAAUUUGGUGUUUUACCUCGGAGAUUCAUUGAUUGUGAAAAAGAAUAGUGUACGGGUCAUUGUUUAUGUUGUACCCUUGAGGUUUGAUGCAUGUUAGUUAGUUUUUAUUUAUUAAAUUUAGCUAUUGUAAUUUUUUUUUUUUUUAAAUUUUUUUGUUUUAAAAAGGAUGCAUAAGGAUUUGAAUUGAAGCUUGCUGUCCUGAGCCCUUCUCUCGACUGAGCCCAAGAGGCAGAUGAAUAUUAAGUUAUAUUUCUAUGAUGGAGCUUAGUCUAUUUCUAUGAAUGAAACUUCAGAGAGCAAUGUCCUUUAUGAAAUGCUUCGUGAGCAUAUUA